AAUCAAACUGUUUGAGCGCACAGACUUCACUCCUUUACGCAGAAAGAAGGCGCAAUUUUUUUUUGGAACUGAACUGGUUGAAAUUUUGUGUAUUUUCAAGCCACACACGCAAAAGCGAUGACAGAGGGAGUCAUUUUUAUGUCUUGCGCUCCGACGUCACCAGAACCUCUAGCGCCCUGCAUGCAAAUCACGUCUCCGCUCGAGCCUCUCCAUUGGCCGUCUCUCGCUCAUUUAGCUGCUGUCAGAGCGCGCGGCCCGGGCACGCUCCGUAACUUUUCCCAGUACAGCUUUAACCAAAGUAAGCUCAAACAAGUCGUUUCUACUCUUCUCAGCGCUCGUGGAUGACAGGGGAAAGGAGAAAGCGGGAAGAGCAGGACAGUUUUACUUCUGAGUGGAUUUCAUUCUGAGACUGACCGUCUGUUCGUCGCUGUUUAAUUUACUCUUUACCUCCGUCUUUCCCGGAGGUUGAGCUGCGCGCGGGCCAGUCUGAAUGUUUCUGUGUGUUUGACUGUGUCCCACCAAGACAAGGUGAAUGUACAGCAUUAUGAUGGAAACGGACUUGCAUUCCCCCGUGGUGCCCCAAACCAACCCAUCCAACCCGGGGGCACACGCGGGAGGAGGCGGCGGGGGGGCUGGAGGCAAAGUCCCCCAGGAGAGAAUUAAGAGACCCAUGAACGCCUUCAUGGUCUGGUCCCGGGGCCAGCGGAGGAAAAUGGCUCAGGAGAACCCCAAGAUGCACAACUCUGAAAUCAGCAAGCGGCUGGGCGCAGAGUGGAAGGUGAUGACCGAGGCGGAGAAGAGACCUUUCAUCGACGAGGCGAAGCGGCUCCGGGCCAUGCACAUGAAGGAACACCCGGACUACAAGUACCGGCCACGGAGGAAGACCAAGACUCUGCUGAAGAAGGACAAGUAUUCGCUUGCUGGCGGACUGCUUGGCUCCUCAGCAGGUGUAGGGAUGGGAGGCGGGCAGCGGCUGGACAGCCCCGGAGGGGGGCAUGUUGGGGCAAAUGCGGGCUACGCGACCCACGUGAACGGCUGGGCAAACGGCACGUACUCUGGCCAGGUGGCGGCUGCAGCAGCGGCGGCUCACGCCAUGAUGCAGGAGGCACAGCUGGCGUACACGCAACACCCUGGCACCGGGGCUCACCCGCACCACCCGCAUCCGCACCAUCACCCGCAUCACCACCCACACAACCCGCAGCCCGUGCACAGGUACGACAUGAGCGCCUUAUCUUACAGCCCGAUCUCAAACUCUCAGAGCUACAUGAGCGCCUCGCCGCCGGGCUACGGCGGCAUCACCGGCUACACUCACCAGCACCAAAGCUCCGGCGUCUCUCCGGUGUCCGGAGCCAUCGGGGGGACUUUGGGCUCCCUUGUGAAAUCGGAGCCUAGCGUGAGCCCACCGGUUUCCACUGCACGCGCACCGCCGCCGUGCCCCACGGGAGACCUGCGGGACAUGAUCAGCAUGUAUCUGCCCACCGGCGAGGCGGCGGGGGACUCCGUUCAGAGCAGACUGCACGUGCUCCACCCGCAGCACUACCAGAGCAGCGGCUCCACUCCGGUAAACGGGACGGUUCCUCUGACACACAUUUAAAUCUCUUCAUGUAAGCACUACAAACCACAACCAAAUAUUUAAACUCUAGAUGUGGGCGCCAGCUGCUGAUGAAAUGUAAAUUAUAGGCGGUUACAGCCAUAAAAAUGCAAUCACUGAACAAACUUUUAUUAUUAUUAUUAUUAUUAUUAUCAUAAUUAUUAUUAUUAUUGUUAUUUUUAUUUUCUUUUAGUGAUGGAUUUUUGUGUCUGUCCGAGCUAAAGGAAAACGCAUCCGAUUUACUUUCGCUCUCUGGAACAGAGCAUGCCAAGUUUUGACACGAUUUAAAUUAUAACCAUGAAGGCUUUUGCAUUUUUAAUUUUUUUCCCCCGAUUUUUCUGUGGAUUUUCUGGCACCAGCUGUGUGUUAAGAGGAAUUGUUUUUAAAAAGAAAAAAAACUUUUAAGCAGGGGACCGUAUAAUAAAUGGAGGGCGGUGUGGAGGAUGUCAAAAAAUAAAGUUAGGAUGCAGUUCAAAUUGAUUUCCAGUUUUGAUGCUUGUAAACAUGUGAGUCAGUCGGUGUAAUUUGUUUCUGUUGUUGUAAAAUCUUGUACAUUGUGAAUAAAUAGGCCUAAUGAAAACGCUUUUAUGCAACUGUACAUAAUUUACUAAAUGCAAAGCCACAUUUUUUUGGAUUGAGAACUUCACAAUUUUGCGCUGAGUUUAAUAAAUGUUCCAAGAUUUGUUUCCGUCUUGGAGAAAGUGUUAGAUUUGUUCGUCUUUUUUGUUUUAAAUUGAAAACAUUUUAACAGGCUCAUGCAAACCACAAAAAUAAUUGCAUUUAAGGCAUCUUUUUAAUUUACUGAUGUUCGUAUAAUUUCACUGGGUUUAAUAACGUUUCGGCAGAGAGGGAAAA